UUUGCAGCCUUUUUCAGCAUCCAAACAACCGCAAGCCACUGUUCCCAGGAUGGUGAUCCGCGUGUAUAUUGCAUCUUCUUCUGGCUCUACGGCGAUUAAGAAGAAACAGCAAGAUGUGCUUGGUUUCUUAGAAGCCAACAAAAUAGGAUUUGAAGAAAAAGAUAUUGCAGCCAAUGAAGAGAAUCGGAAGUGGAUGAGAGAAAAUGUACCUGAAAACAGUCGACCAGCCACAGGGUAUCCCUUGCCACCUCAGAUUUUCAAUGAAAGCCAGUACCCUGGGGACUAUGAUGCUUUUUUUGAAGCCCGAGAAAAUAAUGCAGUAUAUGCCUUUUUAGGCUUGACAGCACCACCUGGUUCAAAGGAAGCAGAAGCCCAGGCAAAGCAGCAAGCCUGAACCUUAUGCAUUCUG